CAUCUACUCCCCCCUUCUUUUUUUCAUGUCGCCACUGGUUGGUCUCCCAUUUCCUGUCAUUUUGGUCAUCCUCAAUUCAGCUUUAUAUACUAUGGCAGCAACUAUAGGUUGCUCUCAAAAAGGUCUUCAUGUACCCCUCCAACCACUUGGUCAAAUAGCACCUUAUACCAAGAUUCCUGCAACAGUUCCAUGCUUUCUUGCGAUCCUGAUUCGAAUUCAUGCCAAUGGCGAUCAUGUACCAUUUUGGGGAUCACGCUUGGCUGGGAUAACGCCACCCAUAACCCGCCAGUACCCUGCAAUUCUACCACAUAUUGUCCCAACUCUCAACUAUCUUGUCAACCAUUGCUCGCUAUAGGAUCGGCUUGCGAUACGGGAAGAGACGAUGAGUGUUCGGGAACUUUGUCGAUCUGCCUCAACUCUGUUUGCUCGGCUAAAACAGCACAGCUCAAUCAAAUAUGUAGUACGGAAAGUAUAUCAUUUGGUGGCCCCUUCAUUAGUAAUGUACAUGAUAACUGCACAUCGGGGACGUAUUGUUCUGCACUGAACGGCGUCGGUAUUUGUCAAAAUACGCUGUCCAGCGGCCAAGGCUGUCUUCAAGAUCGCCAGUGUGAGUCACAAAAGUGUCAAAAUGGGCACUGCCUGUCCAAUGAAUCCGCAAACAACACCUUGCCUCCAUGGCAAUGGGCUAUCGUGGGUUGCAUUUUAUUUGUCUUUGUGAUGACCUCCAUUGGUAUUUUUUUGGUGCUUCGACAACGACGUCGUCGGCAACAUCAGGAUUUGGGAGACCUGCACUUCGACGACCCAGCUGCAGCCAAAAGUUUCUAUCAACGACAACUAGCAUGGUGGAGACGAGAACAACAAGCAAACAAUAAGGAUGUCCAGGAAGAAGAGAAACCGGUUCCUGCCUUGGACGAAGUCUAUCCUUACUGGCAUACCAACCACACCACCGAGUCAUACGACAAUUCCAUUACCCCUACGCCUUCUGCUUUUCCCAUUCCACCCAGAAGGUCACCUGCACUGUGGAAACAAAAAGGCAACCUUGCUAGUCGAGCCAUAGAGAAAGUCAACAUUCGGCUGUCGGGAACUUUUACACCUACCUUUGGCGGUAGCCACGCUCGAAAAUCCAAAUCGCCCAUCACGCCUGUACCAAGCCCUGCCAUUGCAUAUCCUAUUGUAGAUGAUGAUCAGGAAAUGAAAAUAUGGCAGGCCGUCAGAAGUGAGACCCCACCUUGGCCGGUCCAAGGGAAGGGGUGGAAAUUUGCACGAGCGGCCAAAUAACAACACAGGAAAUAUAUAAAAACAAGUUGGUGAAUGGGGGUCCUGGUAGCAGUCAUCGCGCACGUCUCCGACCAGCCGUGAAGGAAAUUUAUUGCUUCAAGUGUUAUAAGCUCGAAAUCUUUGCUUGUCUUAUAUUAAAAAAUAAAGGAAACGAAAAUUAAUCAACCAUCGAACUAAUUACUUGAAGGUUUUCUUGUUAGCUCUCUUCUUUACAGCCUCACCAACCAACAUGGCCAUCAAUGACCAGUUUCGACAUAAAACGGUUUGCAUGCUCAGUUGCCGGUUUUGUUCCAUGCACGUAUGCAAGCGAGGUAUGAAGGCGAUGUUACUAGCCGACAUGACUGUGGAGCUGUAUUCCACCGAUAUCCCGCCUUCCUCGU